GAAAGAAAUACAGUUGUAGUUACGGACAAAUUUACUCUGAAGAACCACUUGCGAGGGCAGUAUUGAACUCUUUUCCUCUUCCAGUCACCACCGCAUAUCUUCUUGGAAAAUCAGCACAACAGAUGAUGAAACUGACACUCGUUAGUUUCAAUCUUAUGGGCUUCCUUCUGUUACUUCACUGGCGAUUUACUGAAGGAGAUGGGGUCAAGAGUUGCAUUGAAUACGUCAAAGUUGGUUGUUAUAAGGAUAGUUUGAGAGAACCACGCCCGUUACCAAUGCUUAUAGAAAGCUAUCGUUUUGGACUGAACUGGUCUUUUCCAGAGGACCUCAUAAACAGUCAAGUGUUACGCUGCGCCGAAGCUGUCUCCAAGAAAGGCUACAUCAUUUUCGGUCUCCAAUUUUAUGGUGAAUGUUGGAGCGGAGAAAACGUUAAUCAAACUUAUGAUAGAGACGGGAACUCAAACCAGUGCCUCUCAGCAGUCAGCAACGGAUUCAAACCAUGCAACGACGAUUCAGACGAGGCGUGUGUUGGAGCUGCAAGAGCAAAUUAUAUCUACAAAAUCGUCGAGCCGGUAGAUGGUGUGUUCUCUGCCUGGUCUGGCUGGAGUUCGUGUAGCAAAACUUGUGGAGGAGGCCAACAAAGAAGAACAAGAUCAUGUAAUAACCCAGGACCGAGCAAAUGUGGAAAACCUUGCUUUGGUAACACUGAAGAGGUUGCCGACUGUAACACGCAUUCCUGCCCAGAACCCUGUGUGGACAAGAGCCCCUCCUGCGAGCAGUACAAAGAAUGGGAACUUUGCGAUCUUGCUGUAGUUCGCAGAGACUGUAAAAAGGCGUGCGGACUUUGUCCUUAAUCUUCCAUGUACCGUUUCCUAGCAACAUACAAAGGAUGAAGACUGAAUUGGCGCGCCAUCGGUAAACUGAUAAGGAGAUCAUUCUACUGCUCCCUGUUUAACUAAAAUGAAGCUGGAAAUUAGACUCGUCCGAAUAUUCUUCAGCUUCAGUUAAUGUCAGAAAUUCACUGAAAUGAAACAAUUGUUAAUAAAGUGAUGAAUUAAGAACAACAAAGUUAUUG